GACUAAAGAUGGGGGAGCAAGGUGGGUGGCUGGAGGCUAACAGAGGAGACUGGGUGGCCAUCUUGGAUUCCCAGACCCAGACGGGUGCAGUCAAUGGCCCGGGGGARGACAUCACWGAGCAGGCCAGGACCAGAGGCGACAUAGUGGAGGUCAGUGGAUGGGACAGCGUCUUCAACUCUGGGCUGGGGAACAACAAUGUUAACCAGAAACAGACUGUCGAACACAAAACGACAGCUGAAUUUAGUCUCCAUGACAACAUACUGGCUGAGACCAGGACGAGGCGUAGAUUUUGUCUGCGUGGACGGGGAGGUUUCGGUAUGCGGCUGGAGAGAGAAGAGACUGACUCGGCUAGCGAUGCUCCGUCCUGCUCCUAUAGUUGUGAGUCAGAGAGACUGAUGGCACCUCAGGUUAACCCCUUAACAGGUGCUGCCUUCAGCCUGCCUUCUAUAGGCUCUAUCAACUGGAACAUGGACCCUGCGACAACACAGACACUCCCUGMCCUUCAUCCUCCUCACACUCUCCUUAUGUUAAAUCAGACCUCAGACAAUGCCAGUUCCUCAACACUAAAUGGCUACACAAGCCCAUUGACAAAUGACAGUAGWACAGAUGGAAUCAGUAAAGGUGGCYGCGCCAAAGAGAAGCGCUUCCCGUGUUCGUUCUGUGGGAAAGCCUUCCGUUUGCCCAAACAGGUGGAGAUCCACCAGAGGAUGCACACYGGGGAGAAACCAUUCGGCUGCCACCUGUGCCGGGCCAGUUUUUCAGACUCGUCCAACUUGAAGAGGCACCAGAGGGUCCACACAGGGGAGAAACCCUACAGCUGUCCCCAGUGUGAGAAGAGGUUCUCCCGCCAGCACCAUAUGAAGAUGCACCUGAAAGUCCACACGGGAGAGAGACCAUUCGCCUGUACACACUGUGGGAAGAGGUUCUCAGAGAGGAGCUAUCUCAGGAUACACCAGCAGAAAAUGCACACAGCCCAUGUAUAGRGAUAUGUAAUGUAGUAUUAGUUKGUUUGUAGUUAAUUCUGUUGGUUUUGGAUGUAGUAGGGAACUGGAUGAGAACUGAAGAAAGAAUGAGUAUGAUGAGACAGAGAAGAUCAGGGGUUAUCAACAGGAUUUGGGGGAUUUUAGUUUUUUUAGUUGUGGUCAUUUUGCAGUGUACAAAUUCUAAUUAUUCCCCCCCCAACCAUUCACUCCGACAAAGAUUCUGGCUGAAUCUAGUUGCUUACCCCUGGAGUAGAUGAUAUGGUGAUGGUUGGUGUCUGCUAAAAUGCUUCACUGAUGAAUGGGACAACCUUGUCCGGUUGUUUUGAUGCUGGUGUUUUAUAAUGAGGAAAUUAUAAUGCCUUAAUUCAUGUUUACUUAUACUAAUCAUGACAAUMGGGUGAAACUCCUGGACAUCAGUUGUGAUAGUCCAUUCCAUAAUGUCCAUUUUACUUUGACCUGUCCUGUUUUUAGGAUAUGUAUCUUUGUUAACAUGACAGCUCAUUUUUUAUUUUAAU